AUGAUUAGCUGAGUCCGUUGAAAAGUUCAGCUUGAUGUUUCUGUAUGCUUCCAAAACUCACCUAAUCAAAUAUACCUCGAAUCUUCUUCUCUUUCAUAUAUGAAUAAUAUGCAUGCAUGUAUAAUGUAUUUGUGGUAUAUAUUACUCCACGCCUCUACCUCUUAUAUAAUAGAUCUCCUUAGAAUUCUAGAAAUUUAAAUUUACUCAAUAUCAUUCCAUUGAAAUGGCAACCACUAGAUUGUUGCGACACUCUAUGGUGCCAUUUCAUCAACUACCUUCGUCUUCUCCUGUUUCUUCUUCGUUUACGAACUGUGUCCGGUGUCAAAGCACGACCGGUUUGGGUGGAGAUAAGACGAUAUCUUCACCUGAUCUGAAAAGAUCAGAAAGGAAGGCGGUAGUGGCAGUGAAAGCGUCGAUGCUGACCACCAACCGUUUAACCAUAUCGAAACCAGUACUGGAUCCUCGAGGAUUGUCGGAAUUAUUAUUAGCUGAAAUCAUCGCAAGUGUUCGCAAUGCUAUGCUGGUGAUUCUUUUGCGGAAUGCUGUCAUGAAAAGGAAGAUCAGAAGGAGGUUACAUCCACAAAUGCUCAUUGAAAGGGCUAUUGUGGAUUGCAGAUUUUUUACAUUGUUUGCUGUAGCUGGAUCUUUACUUGGCUCGGUAUUGUGUUUUCUUGAGGGAUGUGUUCUGGUUAUUGAGUCAUACGCGCAUUACUUCCAUAUGUUGUCUCAACCGUCCGAUCAAGGACAUCUGGUUCAUCUACUCAUCGAGGCCAUAGAUAUGUUCCUGGUAGGAACAGCCUUACUCAUGUUUGGGGUUGGUUUGUAUGUCAUGUUUGUGGGAUCUUGCAGGGCUACUACUACAGAAAAAGAACCAUUUGGACAUUUACAUAUAAUGAAGUCUGCGCCAAGGUGGGUUGGAAUGCAAUCAAUUGAACAAGCAAAGUCAAAAAUUGGGCAUGCAGUGAUGAUGAUUCUUCAAGUUGGACUUAUAGACAAGUUCAAUAAUAUUCCAAUGGUCACAGGCCUUGAUCUUGCUUGUUUUGCAGCAGCUUUACUCACAUCUUCAGCUACCAUUUUUGUCCUCUCUAAGCUUAAUCAACAUUAAUUAAUUAGUUAAUAUUCAAUUCAUAGUUUUCUCUUAAAUUUAUAUAACAGUACAUGGUAGUAGUAGUAUUUCUUUUGUAAGCCAAAAGAAUAUUAUGUUGUCCUUUUCCCUCUAUGAUGGGAACUCAAUUCAUUUAUUUUGUAUGUAAUUUUUUUUAUUUCUUCUAGAAAUUAUAUACAGUUAAAAGUUCAUUCUUA